UUCACCGUCUAGCCAAUAAUAAUAAUGGAAGGUUGAACAAUACAUUUCAAUGGCUCCUAUGCUCUGUUCAUAAUAUCUCAAACACUAUCCUUAGAAGCUUUUCUUCUUUGGGUAUUUUUCCACGGAAGCAGAUAGUCAUUUAAUAGUCUAAGAUCAAUUUUUCCCCAACAUCUAUCUAGAGGGAAAGAGUGAUGGGAGUGAAGUCAUUUGUGGUGAAGUUGCUGCCGUUUGUGGCGAUGGUGGCUGUUGAGACCUUUGCUGUUGGUCUUACAACACUCAGCAAAGCAGCUAUGUCUACAGGCUUGAGUCAUUUCGUCUUUGUUGUCUACUCAAAUGUUAUUGCUUCUCUCAUACUCCUCCCAUAUUAUUUUAUCAUAAUCAGGAGAAAGGGACCUCCACUGACCUUUUCUUUCCUUUGUAAAGUCUUUCUCCUCACUCUGGUGGGGAUUACUUUGAUGCAGAAUUGUGUGACCACUGGUAUCAACUACAGCUCUCCUACUCUUGCUUCUGCAAUGGGCAACUUAACACCAGCAUUCACUUUCUUGCUUGCAGCUAUCUUCAGGAUGGAAAAGUCGGAUUUUAGAAGUUUAGGAAGCCAGGUCAAAAUAUUGGGCACUUUGGUGUCAAUAUUAGGAGCAUUGAUUGUAACCCUUUACAAGGGUCCUGCAAUAGGCGCUGUGCCUCAGCUUCAACCAUCUUCCUCAACUGUCGUGACCACAACAAAUGAUUGGGUCAUUGGGGGCAUUUUCCUUGCAACUGCUAGUUUAUCAGUUGCUAUACUGAACGUUUCUCAGGCAGCAAUUCUUAAAGGAUAUCCAUCAGAGAUGACUCUAGUCACCUUCUGCUGCUUCUUUGGCACCAUUCAGUGUACAAUAAUUUCAUUGAUUGGGGAGAGAAACCCAGAUGCAUGGAAAAUUAGGCCUGAUAUUGAGCUCAUCUCUGUCGUAUAUGCAGCAGUGUUUGGGAAUUUGGUGAUAUGUGGUGUAACAGCAUGGUGCAUACGAAGAAAAGGACCUGUGUUUGUUGCCAUGUUCAAGCCUGUGGGGAUUUCUAUUGCUGCCUUUAUGGGUGCCAUCUUCCUUGGUGACACACUCCAUAUUGGAAGUGUUAUAGGAGCAAUUAUAAUUGUUGUGGGUUUCUACGGUGUGAUAUGGGCACAGUCCAAAGAAGAAGAGAGUAAAGGUGAAAAAUAUGACAGACAACAGGUAUCUUCGCAAAAGACCCCUCUCUUAGAGAGCCACAUAAAUGUUUAAACUAAUGUAAUAAGUCUCUGCUGUUCAACUUUAAUUUGGGAAAGCAUGAACAGCUUUCUCACUAGUUAACCUGAUUUGUGCAUACCGUGUAAGUUCAAUUCUGAUGAAGGCUUGGGUUAGCUAGACUGUCUGGUAAAAUUUAUGAAACGUAUUCCAGCUUCUUUAGGCCA